UCACAUCCAUCGCACGAUGGCCGCCGUGACUUCUAUCCCGCGCACGACGCUGCGUCGAAUCCCUCUCGGCAGCGCGAAAGACGUUUUCGUCACCGACGUGUGCCUGGGGACGAUGACGUGGGGCGUGCAAAACACCGAAGCCGAGGCGCACGAGCAGUUGGAUUACGCCGUCAAACAACGAGGCGUGAACUUCAUCGACACCGCGGAGAUGUACCCGGUGCCGUCGAGCGAUGCGCGAUGGAAACCUGGGACGACGGAGGAAAUCAUCGGGAAUUGGCUCGCAAAGAACGUCGAGCUGAGAAAGGAGCUCGUCGUGGCGACCAAGGUGAGCGGAUACCAAGCCAAGAGCGAGACGGCGGGUAACCGAACGGUGCCUGCGGGCGCGCCGUGCGCGGCGAGAUUGGAUAAACAAAGCAUAUUUCAAGCGUGUGAUGCGUCGCUGCGACGAUUGAGAACGGAUUACAUCGAUUUAUACCAAGUGCACUGGCCCGACAGGUAUCUGCCCAUCGGCGCGUUCACGGGAUCGACAGAGUACAUUCAGAGCAAGGAGAGAUCGGACUCUGUCCCUAUUCGCGAGACGGUCGAAGCGCUCGGUGAGCUCAUCAAGGCUGGGAAGAUCAGGCAUUACGGGUUAUCAAACGAGUCAACGUUCGGAGUGUGCGAGUUUGUUCGCGCGGCGGAUGAGCUCGGCGUUCCCCGUCCGGUGUCGAUUCAGAACUCUUUUUGCCUUCUGCAUCGACAGUUUGACACUGAAGUCGCCGAGGCGUGCUCGAAGUCAAACUACAACAUUUUACUCCUUCCCUGGACCCCACUCGCGGGCGGAGCCUUAUCGGGCAAAUACCUCGACGGCGCUCGUCCGGAGGGCGCUCGCAUGUCUGUCUUCAAACAUUUCCACCAGCGUUACCUGAACGAAAACUCCGUCAAGGCGACGAAGCAGUACAAAGAAAUCGCCGAUAAGGCGGGUAUGAGUCUCACCACCAUGGCGCUUAACUGGUGCAAGACGCGCGCUUUCAACACUUCCACCAUCAUCGGAGCCACCACGCUCGAGCAGUUGAAGGAGAACAUCGAUGCGUUUGAGCCCUCGGUUGUGUUGAGCAAGGAAACGCUCAAGGCCAUAGACGCCGUGCAUCAGCAGUGCAGAGACCCGUGCAUCGCCGUUUAAACGUGCGACUCCUUCGUCGCUGUC